UAAUGGUAUUUCAAAACGGCGUCGUACCCUGUAAUGCAUAAGCAUAGCUUAAGCAGAUCCAGUGAAUCAACCGAGAGAGAGCGAGAAUGAGUAGUAGCAGUGGUUGCAGCAUUCGAGCUAUAUGGAUCCUCAAUUCUCAGCACACAGUUGUCUAUUCCAGGAGGUUUCCUGUUGUCGAAAGACGGUGGCGUGCGGCUUGUAAAUUGCAGGAGGAGAGUGUUGCGGAGGAUGAUUGUGUCGCUCCGGUUCUUCCUUCUCAUUCCGAAUUGGCUACUGCUUUUGCCGAUCGCAAGAAUAGGGAGGGAUCAACUCGUGGGUUUGGUAUACGUGUGGUGCAGUCAGUCAAAGGAUCGGAUUCGUGGGUGGAUGACCCAAUUACAAGACAUAUCAUAAGUCUCAGUAUUAAAAAAGAACCAGAAGGAGAGGAUCAGUUAUUGUGGCCGUUGAUAUUGCACGUAAAAGGCCAUUUUUGUAUCCUUGUAUUGCCUUUAGUUGAACCACGUCAUUUGAAAGCAUAUGGAAAAAUGUGUAGAAGGUCUGACUGUGGAAGUGCUGUUGGUGAGGAUGAAAGUCUAUCUACCCUCUUACUUGAGCUUCCAUCAAUGACAGGGGCAUUCAUGGUGGCACAUGCUAUAGGUGAUAUCAUUACUGGUGACAUUGUAGAACCCGAAGUAGUUGUAAACGUGGGUCCUUCCGUAGGAGGAUUGUUGGAUACCCUUACUGGAAGUAUAGGUAUUUCUGCAAGAGCAAAACCUGUAGCUGCACCAGUUUCAACAUCAUCACCGUUGGGUACUUCUGUUACUGGAGCACUUUCAGCAGAUGUUCCUAAGAUCGGAACCAGGCCCUUGGAUAAAGAUGCUCUUCGAACUUAUAUCUCGAUUGCAAUGCCCUUUGGGACACCGCUAGAUCUUAACUACUCCAACUUUUCUGCGGUUAAAAACAAUGGAUUCUUGUCAUCAGAUCUGCCUCCUGCAGACCGUAAGCAACCUGCUUGGAAACCAUAUUUGUACAAAGGAAAGCAGAGGAUACUUCUUACAAUACAAGAGACGGUUAAUGCUGCUAUGUAUGACCGGGAUGAAAUCCCAGAUAAUAUAUCAAUAUCUGGUCAAGUGAACUGUCGAGCAGAAUUAGAAGGUCUACCGGAUGUUUUAUUUCCAUUGACUGGGUUGGACACUGCUCGAGUUGAGGUAUUGUCAUUCCAUCCUUGUGCCCAAGUUCCGGAACAAGGUGGCGGUGAUAAGCAGUCUGUGAUGUUUACCCCACCAUUAGGUAAUUUCACAUUGAUGCGUUAUCAGGCAUUUUGUGGUAUUGGGCCUCCGAUAAAAGGAUUUUACCAGCUCUCCAUGGUAUCUGAAAAUGAAGGUGCAUUCUUAUUUAAAUUGCGUCUGAUGGAAGGUUAUAAAGCUCCUCUAACAAUGGAGGUCUGUUCUGUGACUAUGCCUUUCCCAAAAAGGAGGGUGAUACAUUUUGAUGGUACACCUUCAGUUGGAACAGUUAGCUAUACCGAUCACUCUAUUGAAUGGAAAAUUCUAACUAGUGGUCGAGGUGUUUCGGGGAAGAGUAUUGAAGCAACUUUUUCCGGAUCUGUUAAGUUUGCUCCUUGGCAACACACAUCAGGAUCCUCUGGUCCAGGAUAUGGAGUUUUAGCGGGUGAAGAUAGUGAUGCGGAGAUGGAGUCAUCCAAUAACAUGGCAAAUGUUGAGGAUUUAUUAAUGGAAAAAAUGAACAAGGAUCUGAAAUCCGUUGACUUAGAGGAGCCAUUUUGCUGGCAGGCGUACAAUUAUGCGAAGGUAUCAUUCAAGAUGGUGGGAUCAUCCCUAUCAGGGAUGUCUAUAGAUCCAAAAUCUAUAAAUAUAUUUCCACCUAUCAAAGCACCAGUGGAGUUUUCAACUCAGGUCAUAUCUGGGGAUUAUAUCUUGUGGAAUACGUUAGGUAAAUGCCCAGUUGCUGCAAGGGGUGAUCUCAUGUGCUAAAGAUGGGAUAAGUACCCCUUUCUAGCUAACACAGACUUGAAUGUAUUAAUCUAGCCUGUUUGGUUACUAGAACAUUAAACCUUGGUGCAAUACAUGUAUUUGUUAGCUCCCUUAUCUCUUAAAGUGACUUGUACAGAUUUUUCUCUUGAUGUUCUUCAUAUCAUGCAUGGUAUAAUAUUUGGUUUUUGUUAAA